CAAAAUUAGAGACCACAAAUAUUAGCUAAACUUAUUCAAUAUUUAAUUUUAUAUAUAAGUUUAAACACCUUUAAAAGCCAUAUCUAAAAUUAGAGACCACAAAUGUUUGAAUUAAGUUAUUAUGGCUAAAAAAAAAAAAUAACUCACCUCACCUGCUAUCCUCUUUUUCUUAUCCACUCUUAACUAUACAGUGCUACAAUUUUCCUGAGAAGCAAGAAUGGCUGUACAAUGCGCUUCAUCUUCUGUAAUAUUUGCCUCACAUUCACCUUCAAAAUCUCUCUCUUCUUCACACAAUAAGACCCUUUUCUUGGGUUUCUCCCUCGUUUCUAAGCCUUCCAUUGUGGUAGCCAACACACAUCGAGCUACUCAAAUUCGUUGCCAAGAAAAGACAGCAGAUCUUAUUCCUCUUGAACAACGAUGGAUGUUUGAAGAAUCUGAUUUCAAUGGCCCUGACAUUUGGAAUAAAACAUGGUAUCCCAAGGCUGCAGACCAUGUGAACACAGACAAAACUUGGUACAUUGUUGAUGCCACCGAUAAAAUUCUUGGAAGAUUGGCAUCAACUAUAGCGAUACAUAUCAGAGGGAAGGAUCUGGCAACAUACACUCCAAGUGUGGACAUGGGUGCAUUUGUAAUAGUGGUUAAUGCUGAGAAGGUUGCUGUAUCUGGGAAGAAGAGGACCCAAAAGCUUUACAGGAGGCACUCAGGGAGACCCGGUGGGAUGAAAGUAGAAACUUUUGAUCAACUUCAACAAAGAAUUCCAGAAAGAAUUAUUGAGCAUGCUGUCCGCGGCAUGCUCCCAAAAGGGAGGCUUGGUAGACAAUUAUUUAACCAUCUUAAAGUGUAUGAGGGUCCAGACCAUCCUCAUGAAGCGCAGAAACCAAUCGAGUUGCCUAUACGAGACAAGAGGAUACAGAUGCAACGGUGAACUCCAGUUAACAUGAAAUGUCAUGGAGAGAUCAGCCUGCAGCUUCUCAUUUCCAAUUUCCAGCCUUUUUUUUUUUGGUUUAACGGGCAUAAACUUCACCAUUUAACACCAUUUCUGCUCCUGUCAUUCACCAUAUACUUUUAAUGCUUUAUUCGGGAGGCUAUCUAAGUACAAGUUAAUUUGCCUCCCUCUUGUCUGUGUAGGUUUGUUAAGCAAAUGAGUAUUCAUCUUCAGGUUUCAGUUUAGUAUGCGAAAUUCACAAUAUUUGAACUCCAUUUGUAGUUAAUACAGGCCGGUUCAGUCCA